AUGGAAGAAGGGCUACUUUCUCUGUCAGGGUUAAAGUCUAACAUCAAUGGAGGUUCAGGUGAUUGCAGUGAUGUCUUAAACCCAAGUGGGUCCUCCUCCUCGGCCACCCUUGUUGUGGUUCUGAGCACAUUGGUGGCUCUCUGCGGUUCCUUUGGCUAUGGCUGCGCUAUAGGAUAUUCAUCCUCUGCUGAAUCAGGAAUUGUGGAAGACUUGGGCCUUACAGUUGCAGCAGUACCUAUAUACAUAGCAGAAAUAACACCCAGGGAUCUUAGAGGAGCAUUCACUUCAGCUACUCAGUUGAUGUGUAGUUGCGGCUUAGCACUAGCCUAUUUCCUUGGAAAUGUUAUAACCUGGCGCACCUUGGCGGUUAUUGGUGCUAUUCCAUCACUUGUACACAUUAUAGGCUUAUUUUUCAUUCCAGAGUCUCCAAGGUGGCUGGCAAAAGUUGGUAGGCACAAGGACUUUGAAGCAUCUCUUCAGUGUCUGAGAGGAAAGCAUGCCGACAUAUCUCAAGAAGCAGCUGAAAUCAUGGAUUAUACUGAAAUGUUUCAGCAGCACAAGGAAAAAGUCCUAGACUUGUUCCAAAAGAGAUAUGCUUACUCACUCAUAGUUGGAGUUGGGCUCUUGUCACUGCAACCAUUUGUGGGUGCCAAUGCAGUAUCUUAUUAUGCAAGCUCUAUAUUUGUAGAUGCAGGGUUCUCAAGCAGCAUUGGAACUAUAUCAUUGUCUCUCAUUGGGAUUCCUGGCGUUGUGUUGAGUGUGCUAUUAACAGACAAAGUUGGGAGACGACCACUUCUAAUGGUUUCAGCUGUUGGAUUGUGCUUGAGUGCCCUUGUUGUGGGUUUGGCGUUCUUCUUUCAGGACAUCAACUUAUGGAAGGACCUCAGCCCCAUUUUGGUGUAUAUCGGCUUACUAGGUCAAAGUUUGUCAUACACAAUAGGCAUGGCAGGAAUACCCUGGGUUAUUAUGUCAGAGAUAUUCCCCAUAAACGUUAAAGGCACAGCUGGAAGCCUGUUGAGUUUGGUGAAUUGGUCAUGUUGUUGGAUAGUAACAUAUUCCAUCAAUUUCAUGAUGGAAUGGAGCUCAGAAGGAACAUUUUUCAUCUUCUCAGCCAUUUCCGGCUUCACAGUUCUGUUCGCAGCAAAGCUAGUUCCGGAGACCAAGGGGCGAACCCUUGAAGAAAUACAAGCAUCAAUGUCCCAUUUCCUCUAG